AUGGACUAUCAGAAUCGCGUUGGUUCAAAAUUCGGUGGUGGUGGAAUGUACGGUGAGGCUGAAAGCAACGCCGAUAGAAGGGAGAGACUCCGUAAGUUGGCAUUGGAGACGAUAGAUCUGGCAAAGGAUCCAUAUAUUUUGCGUACACACCUUGGUACUAUAGAAUGCAAGCUUUGUUUGACCUUACACCCAAAUGAGGGUUCAUAUCUCGCGCAUACACAGGGAAAGAAACAUCAGACAAACCUCGCCAGACGUGCAGCAAAGGAGAGUAAAGAGAAUGAGUUGAAUAUGUCUACAAACGCACCUGGACCAGAAAUUAUAAUGCCAAAGAAAACGUUUGUUAAAAUUGGUAGACCAGGUUAUAAAGUGACGAAAGUUAAGCAGAAUAUACCGGCGCAGGAUGGACAAGAAGGUAGAACGAGGAUGGGUUUGAUGUUCCAAGUACAUUACCCCCAAAUAAAGGACAAUGAGAGACCACGUAGACGUCUUAUGAGUGCAUUCGAACAGCGGAGAGAAAUGCCAAACGCUGCAUAUCAGUAUUUGCUAAUCGCAGCUGAACCUUACGAAACUAUUGCCUUUAGAAUACCUUCAGGCACGGUAAACAUCAAUGAGGAGGAUGAUUUAGGCGAUGACUCUGUUGGCUGGGAUUUCUGGGAUGCCGACACCAAGAACUACAGCGUUCAACUACUAUGGGACUAG